AGAGAGUUGGAAGGAGUGUGUGAGAGCGUGAGAAAGGGGGUUUGAAGGAGAGUGAGAAAGGGGGAGAGUGAGAGAGUUUGAAACAGAGUGAGAGAGAGGCGGAGAGAGAGAGUUUGAAACAGAGAGACAGGAGAGGAAGAACAUACUGGCAAGAGAAGAGUGGCAGGUAGUUCUCUCUGACCACAAUGCAGCCAACUAUCACUGAAGCUGGAUACCCUGACGGAAAGCCACUUAAAAGAUACCAUUAUUGAGUAUAAUGAGCUCCGUUCUUCUCAACCCACGACAGACGUCUCCGGCCGCCAUGUCCCUUGCAGACUCCCCGCGGUCGUCCGUGUUCACGUUUGAGUCCCGGACCCACUGCCUGAACGUGCUGGGCCGUCUGGACGAGCAGCGGCACGGCGACCGGCUCUGUGACAUCACGGUGGAGGUGGACGGCCAGAGCUUCAGGGCGCACCGCGCCGUGCUCACCGCCUGCAGCGAGUACUUCGCCAACGUUAUCUCCAAGUACGCGCGCCAAGGAGCCGUCCUCACUCUUCCACCGGAGGUAACAGCCGCCGGCUUUGAACCUCUUCUGAAAUUCGCCUACACAUCCAAACUCCUCUUCAGUAAGCAAGAUGUCCUUGAAGUACGCAGCGCCGCAUCCACUCUGGGAUUCAGAGAUUUGGACAAAACCUGUUUUGAUUUUCUCCUGCCAAAGUUCUUCAACAGCGGCGGCAGCUCUGCGCCGUUUCCCAGGAAGACAUGUUGCAAGAAGAAAUGCAAGAAGCUGUGGUCAAAGGAAGACGAUCGCCUGCCGAGCCGCAAAAAUGAAACAAAACCAGGGUCUGAUUCGUCCUCUGACCAGGAAAUGGGCUGGCAGGACAACCACCCUGGAAUCGGUCAAACGGGAAUUAAGAAAAGCCGAACGAUCCCAACUUCUGGGACGGAUAAAAAAUCAGAGGAGACAAAUGCCUAUUUUCUGCAGUGUCCAAAGUACCGCAAGUUCCAGCUUGCUUGCUGCAUGGACAGAACCCUGGACCUCCCAGCCGGGGCCAACCUUCCCCUCUCUGGUCACAACAGUCGCGGCUCUGAGGACCAGAGAGAGAGCGUAGUCGAGAACCCUGCAAGAACAGACGCUGCACAUCGCGUCGGUUCCAUGGAAGCCGCAGCAGAGGAAAAAUCUCACGCAGGAUCACAGGGGGUGACCAAAAGCCAAUCGAACGUUGAGCUAGUGGAUGACGACGAUGUCGCAGCUAAACGGAACCCGGGCGACAGCGAGAUGGGAGAACCGCGAGUGAGAGCCUUGGGCUGGGAUGCUGCCGUUGACGCAAGGUCUUCCGGGACCCCAGCCGGCCUCCGAGACAGCUCCAAAGACGGAGCGGACCGCUCUGAGGCUAGUUCUACCCCGGGUCAGACGGCACCAGGGUUUAUAUUACACCAUCCUCUCCCUGGACGGUCCCCUAGAGCGGACAGUCCCGGCGUAGGGCACACGGGGCCAGCAGAGACGAUCGUCGCAGUGGUCGAGGCGGACCACAAGAACCGUAGAGCGGGCCUACCUGUGGCCAGCCAGUUGAAGGCAGAAGAAGAGAGCUGGAUGGGACGAGGGAAAGGACGCUCCUCAGUGGGAGAGGCUCCCGACGAAGGGGCGAGAGAGAGGAGCAGGGUGGAGAUGGAAGUGGCCAGGCCCUUACCGCCCCCCCAAACGGGUCACUACCCAGGCCCAGGGAGCUCCUCGAUGGACCAGCUGAGAGUCCCGGUCCAUCCCAGGGUCGGAUCCACCUGCUGCCCGUUCCUGAAGGGCCUGGCGCCGGACGAAGGGGAACGGCAGGCGGCGGAGGGCGCUGUGUCGUGUGAGAGUCCGGGGAUGUCUCCGUCACACAGGCCUCCCCCCGAUGUGUCGCCGAUCACCUCGACGGAAGAGGCGGACUCGGAAACGGAAACAGAGUGCGAUGACUCGUUUGCACAGGAGAAGGCCCGACAGGUGCAUCUGCCCUUCUCCGUGGACUGGGUGGUCAACCUGAGCAAGAUCGACUUCCAGCAGCUGCUGAAGAAGCAGACCCUGAACCUGGAGCAGCAGGAGUUUGUCCAUGACAUGCGCCGCCGCAGCAAGAACCGCAUGGCGGCACAACGCUGCCGCAAGAGGAAGCUCGACUGCAUCUACAGCCUGGAGUGUGAGAUCAACAAGCUGAGGACAGAGAGACAGAGGAUGCUGGCCGAGCAGAGUCGACUCCAGCAGCUGAAGAUGAAGACGUGGCACACCGUGUCGGCCUUGUGCGACAAGAUCUGCAGCGAGGCCAGCCUGAUGCCGGAGCAGCUCCAGGUGCUGGCCAAGUACACCACGGCUGACUGCCCCUUUUCCUCUUUAAUCCCCCGCCUAGACACCGCCCUCUCUGGGCCAACUCCUUCACCGCAGGCCCAGGCUUCGUUGCCGGCCUGCCCUUCAGACCUUGCUGCAGAUGAGGCUUAUCCGAUCAUCAAUCUAUAGCGGUGACAUGUUCAGCGGGGAAGGACAAUCUUUGGAGGAUGCUAAGGCCCCUUGAAGGAGUCAGAAGAAGCCUUUGAGUACUUGCACACCACUCAAAGGGAACAAGGCUUGUGGUUGGAGAAGCCGGAUAUCAGUUUUUCAACAAAGAGGAAAUAACUUAUUCCAAAUACAGACAGCAGGAUUGUCUGGUGGUUAUUAUGGUGCUUGACACCCAGCCAAAAGGGUUCUGGGUUUGAUUCCAAAUGUCCACAGUCUGCCUGUGGCCAUUGCAUCAAUCCCUCAAUCCCUACACUCAUAAAUCACCAACCCAGGCCUUACAGUAUUGUAAGUCAAACACUCUCACACUGUCACCACAGAACAAUGUCUCAGGUCAACCACGACAAACAAUACCUCUCGCAACAUUUUUCGUCCUCCUCCUGGACAUUUGAAUGAGCCACACAAGACACGGGCGCUGAAAUUGCUGUAUAACUGCAGCUAGACAAACGGACGGCCUUCCGUGGUCACACCGUGUCGCUUCGACUCUGCGUGUUUUCAUGUUUCAUUCUGGUUCCGCCUCCUUUGGCCACACAGCCGGCCCCAGUGACUCAGCUGGGUUCAGGGAGAAACCAACUUUUGCCGACACCACAGCAGUGUGAUGUCUUAUGUGAAGAUAUUUUACAUGAAAGGAGCAUUUUCGGGCCACAACUCUUCUAGUAUAAUCAAGCUGUGUUGACAUAUUUCCGGAAGUGUUUCGGAAAGUGUUUAUGUUGGUUGUAAAAUACGAAGGAAAUAAGGUCUAUGUGUUCAUUUAUUUUCUACUUUAAUUUAAUUUACUUCAAGCUGUGCUCCCAUUUUUCUUUCUAGUUAAUUGUUUUGAUUUGUCGGUUGUUUUCUUUUUCACCAUGGUUACAUCACCUCUGACUCACACUUGAUUUCCACUUUUAUUGAUAUGCAAACUUUUCGAUAGCCUAAUCAAAUCAACCGUCAGCUUUAUGCGAUCCACGUUGAAAGUUCAUGAUCAAAGAAGAUUUUGGUUUAAAUGGUUUAUAAAUAAGUUGUUAAUUAUCGUAGUGUUUUUAUAAUUGGAUUUAUAUUUUUUACUUUGUUUUUGAUAGCUUUAACACCAUAAAUAAAAAUCGAAAUAAUACUCAUGUUGGUAAAGCUAGCCAAUAGAAACUAUGUUUUUUAAAUCGGUUGAAUUUAAGUAAAUCAUCUAGAAAAGGAGUCGAGAUCUUUUGUUGUUUUCGACUAAAAUGGGGUGUGUUUGUGUGAUCAAUGUUUAAAGAUUUCGUUGCAAGUCAAUUCUAAUUGAACGUAUCGGCAAAGCUUUUAGCCAUUCAUGCCCUCUAGUGGUCAAAAUACAUAGAAGAAAAACAUGACAGAAUAUGGGAAUUAUAUAUAUAUAUAUAUAUAUGUGUGUGUUCAAAUAUAUAUAAUAAUAUAUGAUAAUAUAUAUUUACUCCACAUAUCAACCAGCCCACUGCUGUACAGUGUCCCCUAUUGGCCAUAGUAGCCUAUAAUGAUUCUUUCAGUAUUUGAUUCAGUACACUGCCAUGUAAACAAGCAAACCCAAAGGCUCUCAGAGUCAAUCGAGUUAUGAUCAUCUGUUAUAAAACUGGUACAUUUAAAAGUCAACCCUUUACCAUGGAAAAUCAACCACAUGCCGUUUGAACUCCGAAUCAGCCAGCAUUCUAUUCUCACCAGCUUUCAAUGAGCCUGCAACAAAGCUUAGAUCAAGGGGUCAGAGGGCAAGAGCUUGACUAAUAUAUAUGUUUUUAAAAGUGAAUACAAAUACAGAGGCAACAAGGUUUCUGGGUUACGGGUCACCCCUAGAUAAACAAAAAGUACUUCAAAAGCUGUAGUGUGGCGGUGUUGGUGUGAAGAUUAAAAUCUGUCACCUUUACUGUGUUCUUGAGUGUGUGUUCAUGCAUUCAUGCUUGCGUGCACGAAUGCGUGUGCGUUGGUUGAGGUGUGGAACAUGAUACUCACUCAGUCAGCCACCACUAGAAGGAUUCCAUUGUCCACCAAGUGCUCUGAUCCUUGCAGUACUACUCAACCGCACACAGAUGGCGCUGCAUACCACCGCUAGUGAUCGAAGACGUAGGCAGUACAGAGGAGGACCACUAGAUGAUGCUCAUGUGGGACAUCUGUUUAUACCCGACAGGGGUUCUUUCAAAUACGAUACGCUUGUAAUUUGGAUGUUACCUCAGGCAUGUUCUAGGAAUACUAAAAUAAAACACAGAAGUUUGGACAGCUUGCUGAGCACUACACUACUGUGUCAUUACAACGUUGCGGGUUUCUUCUGUUUAGCCGCCCUUUGCACUUGAUUCUUCACCCUUACAUGACCUACAUUUCUUCCUUACUGUUUGCUGCUAUUCGCCACCUUUAUCAUGUUCCCGCCUUCGCGCGCUGUCUCCGUGCCAACGUGUGGGUGGUUUCUCUGCGCGUGGUUCUGGAGUCCAAGCAACAGAUUAUAGAUUCUCUUAGUUAUAGAUUCUCUUAGUUAUUUACAGAUCAUAGAAUCGGCUGGUUAUAUACAGAACAUGUAUUUUGUAACAUAAAGAAAAUACAUGAUGUGUUAUAGUAUUCAGCUCAACAUUGUGAAAUGCCAAUAUCGUCACGACAGUACACAUGAUGAAAGAAGGAACAAAAAAAGGAAUGAAAGACCGAAAGGGCAAAAGAAGGAAGGAACGAUAAGUGCAUAGCGGUUGUGAGGAGUGUGCGAGUUAAAAUCAGGCAACAGUGUAUCUAAAUCUAAUCCCUGAGGAAAGGAA